AUGGCAUCGCCUGCUCCCAUCCGCGCCUUUGCGCGAUCACUGCACCACCUACCGCGACGACGUGUGUGGAGUCAACAGCAAUGCCUCGUGCAACGAAGACGAGCAGCAACAUACACGAGCCCACAUCAGGCCGCGCAGAUCUCAAUCAUACAGACGGCAGUCGAUGCAAACAGCGAAAGGUACCGCGAGAAUGCGGCCUCAAUGCGAGAGCUCACACAGCGGCUCACAACGUUGCAUGAGGAGGCAGCGAAGGGAGGGACGGACAAGGCCAGACAGAAGCAUGUCGAGCGCGGGAAGAUGCUGGUGCGAGACCGAGUUACGGCGGUGGUCGAUCCAGGAACGAGCUUCUUGGAGUUGAGUGCGCUGGCAGGGCAUGAGUUGUAUCCGGGCGAGGAUGUUCCAGGCGGUGGUAUGCUUACGGGCAUUGGGACGGUGGAGGGAGUGAUGUGUAUGAUCAUUGCCAAUGACAGCACUGUCAAGGGCGGCUCGUACUACCCCAUAACCAUCCGCAAGCACACUCGAGCACAGGAGAUUGCCCAGCAGAACCGAUUACCCUGCAUCUACCUCGUUGAUUCGGGUGGAGCCAAUCUCCCUCACCAGAAGGAUGUUUUCCCAGAUCGCGAUCACUUCGGGCGUCUGUUCUAUAACCAAGCUCGCAUGAGCAGCGCAGGCAUUCCCCAGAUCAGUGUGGUCAUGGGCUCUUGUACAGCUGGCGGCGCGUACGUGCCCAGCAUGAGCGACGAGUCCAUCAUUGUCAACGAACAAGGCACGGUCUUUCUAGCAGGACCACCGCUCGUCAAAGCAGCUACGGGCGAAGAGGUUACUGCCGAAGAGCUAGGGGGCGGCAAACUGCACUCAGAAGUCAGCGGUGUAACGGACUACCUUGCCGUCGACGACGCCCACGCUCUCAUCCUCGCCCGCCGCUGCAUCAGCAAUCUCAAUUAUCCCACAGCCCCUAACCCCGAUCUCCGCCCCUCGUUCUUGGAACCCCUACAUGACCCAGAAGAACUGGACGGCAUUGUUGGCACGAAUCUCAAGCAAGCAAUUCCCAUGCACGAGGUCAUUGCCCGCAUAGUCGACUCCUCCCACUUCUCCGAGUUCAAGCCGUCCUACGGCAGCACCCUCAUCACCGGCUUCGCGACCAUCUACGGCCAUCCGGUCGGCAUCAUCGCCAACAACGGCAUCCUCUUCUCCGAAAGUAGCUUGAAGGGCGCUCACUUCAUCGAGCUUUGCUGCCAGCGUAACAUCCCUCUCAUCUUCCUGCAGAACAUCAGCGGUUUCAUGGUCGGGCAGGACGCAGAGAAAGGCGGCAUCGCGAAGAAUGGCGCAAAGCUGGUGACUGCUGUUGCUUGCGCUGAUGUGCCCAAGUUCACCGUCAUCGUCGGUUCGUCGGCGGGUGCAGGAAACUAUGGCAUGUGCGGUCGCGCGUACUCGCCCAGGUUCCUCUGGACUUGGCCGAGCGCGAAGACGUCAGUCAUGGGGCCGGAGCAAUUGACGGCGGUGAUGGAGGCAGUGGGGAAGAAGGUAGAUACCGGGUUAAGGGACAGAAUUGAGAAGGAGAGCGAGGCGUUGUUUUCGACCGCUCGCCUGUGGGAUGAUGGCAUCAUCCCGCCCAGUCAUACGAGGAGAGUACUCGGCAUGGGGUUGCAGGCGGCGAUGGGCGGAAGUGUCGAGAAGAAGGAAACGAAGUUUGGAGUCUUCAGAAUGUAG